AUGCGCGCGUCGUUCGCGCGCGUCGACUUCGCGCCCACGCCGCACGCGCGCGCGCGCACGCGACGCGUCGACGAGAAAUCGAGAAAGAAUCGUCACGUCUCACGAAAGCGUCUCUCUCUCUCCCUCGCGCCUCGUGCGUUUCGUGACGACGCGUGGAAGGACGACCACUUCGAUAUUUCUUCGUCCACGGCGAACGAAGCGUCGACGAGCGGGCGGAUCGAGGAGAGUGAGGAGAGACGCGCGGGCGGGUGGGGACGGAACGCGCUCGCCGGGUUUGGGAGCGUGUUCGGCGCUCCCAGAGGGGCGGCGACGCGAUGGGACGGGAAGCCAGCGCCUUUGAGUGGUUUGGCGAGCGAUCGCGUGCCGAAUCACGUGGCGAUCAUCAUGGAUGGGAACGCGCGGUGGGCGACUCGCCGACGGCUCCCGCGAAGCGUUGGACACGAGCGAGGCGUGAGCGCUUUGCGAGGCGUCGUUCGUUGCUGCGCCGCGUGGGACGUGCGAACACUCACGGUGUUCGCGUUUAGUCAGGAGAAUUUCGGACGGAAUCAGGUAGAGGUGACGGAACUCAUGGCGCUCGUGGAGACGGCGCUCCAAGACGAGUUGCCGCUUCUUGUCAAAGAGGGCGUUCGCGUGGAGGUCAUCGGCGACCUGGACAAGGUGAGCGAGGGCGUUCGAGAGGCGGUAGGACGAGCGGUAGAAGCGACUAAGCACAACUCAACCUUGAGACUCGUCGUCGCGCUCAGUUACGGCGGUCGUCAGGACAUUGUCCAAGCCGCCAAGGCGCUCGCGAACAAGGUGGCUUCGGGAGAGUUGCGAGCCGAGGACAUCGACGAGGACGUUCUGAGCGCCCAUUUAUCUACCUACGACGCUCGAUCCGCGAACGAGGAUCCGUUGAAUUUCUCCCAACACCCCGAUCUCUUGAUUCGCACCUCGGGCGAGAUGCGUCUGAGCAACUUUCUCUUGUGGGACCUGGCGUACACCGAGCUCUACUUCGCGAACAUGAUGUGGCCCGAGUUCGGCGAGGCGGAGCUCCGAAGGGCGUUUCACGCCUAUGCUAAGCGCGAUAGAAGAUUUGGCGCGCGCGCUCGACGUUUCGUCACCCCGAGAUGA